AUGUCUAAUUUUGGUAGGGCUCUAGGCUAUAACAUAGCAGGACAGAUGAUCUCACGAGUCCUAUCUUUCGGUAUCUCAAUGUAUCUUCUCAGGGUCGUAGACAAUGAUAUCUUGGGUCUGGUGAAUGUGCGACUAAUGCUCCUGUACGAUACAAUACUAUUUUUGACAAGAGAACCAAUAAGAAAGGCAAACAUAGCUGAUUCAAGCAUAUCUCAGUUCGUCAAUGUCGUUUGGCUAAGUCCCCUUAUAUGCUUCUUGAUUUCACUGGUAUGUAUGGGAUUGUGGGCGAUAGGUACUAGUAGCUCCGUCCCAUUAUGGAUAUUCCUAUGUUUCCCUGUUUCUUCCAUGAUCGAAUCGUUUGCGGAGCCUUUUGUAGUUUAUUCACUCAGGUUUUCGAUUGGUAGUCAUUUUGCUAUUUCUCAAGCGCUCCUAGUGGUUUUGAAAAGAUUCGUAGCUUUUGCUCUGAUAAUCUUCACGAGUAACACCGUCUAUCACUUGGAUAUUUUUGCCAUUUCCCAGAUCAUAGCGUCACUCUUGUACCUUUUCUAUAACGUCUUCAAGUUUUAUCAGUAUUCCAAGAAGAAUCUUCCUGAGCUAGCUCAGUUCCAAAGCUUCAGAAGCUUUUUCCCUACUCCGAAGGAUGGCUUGAAUAAAGAAAUGCUGAAAUCUGUAGGAUCACUCUUCUCCCAUUCAAUUCUAAAACAGUUAUUGACUAGUGGAAGUAGCUAUGUGAUGACUUUCACCGAUUUACUUUCACUGAAAAAUCAAGCUGUUUUUGAUGGAGUCGAAAGGCUCGCUAGUCUAGUUGCUAGAAUAGUACUAGCUCCACUUGAAGAGAAUUGUUACGCUGAGUUUUCAAACCAUAUAAACAAGCAAUCCGCAGUUUUCAAGCAAAAUACGGACGCUCACGAUAGUCUAGCGAAAAAGUUCGGAACGAUCUUGCACAUCACUCUUGUAAUAGGGCUUGUGGUUUCCGUAUUCGGCGUUCCGUACUCAAAACUUGCAGUAUGGCUCUACGGAGGAAGUUUGUUAGCCGAUAACGGAGGUGCCGUUCUGCUCUCCCUAUAUUGCUUUUAUAUUCUGAUCAUUGCCAUAAAUGGAAUCACUGAAUGUUUUGCAAUGGCAUCCAUGAACAAUUCACAGGUUGUUUCUCAUGGAGGCUUCUUGUUUUUAUCCGCUACUGCUCAUAUAGGAUUAAAUGUGAUUUUGUGUUAUAAGUUCCAUGCUGCUGGAUUCAUCUUAGCAAACUCAGUUAACAUGAUUAUCCGAAUUUGCUACAGCUGGCGUCACAUUUCGAACUAUUUGGGGCAAAGCACACCUUCAAUCUUUGAUGAUAUCCUUCCUAAAUCAGAUGUUUUCAUUUUUCUUUUCUUCUCAUUCUUCGCCACGAUGUUUUCGUUUGUGAUUUUCGGUACAGCUCAAGGAUUAAGCCAUCUUCUAGCUCAUGUGGCAGUUGGAUUAGGGAACCUAACAGACAACGCUCAUUUCAGUCCAAUCGUUUGUUUUGCUAUAUCUCUAGUGUGCAUCAGUUUGUGGACCAUUGCUUCUGAUUGCUCUGUUCCGUUAUGGAUCUUACUGUGUUUCCCUUGUUCCUCCAUGAUCGAAUCGUUUGCGGAACCUUUUGUGGUGUAUUCCAUCAGAUUUUCGAUUGGUAACCAUUUUGCUGUUUCUCAAGCUCUGCUAGUGAUCUUGAAGAGGCUUGUAGCUUUCGGUCUCAUAACUUUGACAGAAACAAACGCCUAUCACUUGGAUAUUUUGGCUAUAUCACAGAUCCUAGCGUCACUGUUGUAUCUCUUCUUCAACGUGUCCAAAUUCUAUUAUUAUACCAAGCAGAAUCUUCCGGAGCUGGCUCAGUUUCAAAGUUUUAGAAGUUUCUUCCCAACACCAAAGGAUGGCUUAAACGGCGAAUUUUGUUCUCGGAUCAUAAAUGAGUACCCAAAAGUACUAUCUCAUUUUUUAAUUUCGAAUGGAAGCAAUUUUGUGAUGACAUUCACCAAUUUUGUGAGCUUGGAAGAGAUCGGAUUAUAUGACGUGGUGGAGAGGUUAGGAGGUUUCUUCUGUCGAAUCCUUUUCGCUCCCCUCGAAGAUAUCUGUUAUGGCUGGACCCAAAAAAAGGAGGGGAAAAUUUCAAAAAAUCUGUCGCAAAUGUUGCCAGCCAUUAUACGGCUCAGUAUUUACUUCGGGGUUGUAGCAGGUAGUCUAGGAUUGUUGUUAUCCAAAUUACUACUCUCAGCUUCACGAUUGGAUUUUACAACUCACGAAUCACUAAUAUUAUCAUUCUACUCUCUCUUCAUUGCUACUACGGCCGUUUCUACCACUCUGGAUUAUGCAACGAAGUAUUCAACUGCAGAUAAAAAUCCAAACUUCAAUAUGAUGAUCAUCAUAAUUCAUGUAGCAUUAAAUGUGAUUUUGUGUUAUAAGUUUCAUGCUGCUGGAUUCAUCUUAGCAAACUCAGUUAACAUGAUUAUCCGAAUUUGCUACAGGUAG